GCUGAACUUUAACAAUAAAGGAAGUUCGAAUUGGAUUUGAUCAACAACAAACGACUCCGGAGUAUCUUCUUUGGAAACGUAUUUUUGCCAACAUUUUGCUUCAAAGUCAUAUGUUCCAUAUUUUUAAAGGAAUACUGUUACAGUUAAGAACGCGUUCGAGUCAUUUUGAGUGUCAUUUGAGGAGCUCGAGUGGAGAUUUUGUCAUUUUGGUGAUUCUUCUAUGUGGGAUCGUCGUUUAAUUUUGCGCGUCAUUCCCGUUUGUAAUCCUUCCGUAAUCUAAUUUCAAUGGCUUGUUGUGGAGAAGGCGAAUGGAAAUCAUCAUCAGACAAUCAGAGUGCUGUCGUUUUUAGAAUGAGAUUGAGUCAUCAAAUACCGAGUUAUAACUGUGAAAAGCACUGUAAAUUAAACAUUCUAAAUAGUUUUUCAAGAAUAAGUUGUUAAAAAAAGGUGCAGCCAGGUUUUUUGCAUGAUUGAAAUUCGGCCUCAUCUGUUCAAUUCUCAUCACACAGAUCACAUCAGAGACAGAGUGUAAUUUGCACAUGUAACGUUAGAUAUAGAUCGAAAUAGCUGAUUUGUAGAAGGAUAAUUGUAUACAUGCAAAAUAUAUGUGCCAAAAUUAUGAACAAGGUUUGGACUACCACUACCAGUACUGCAGUAAAACUUGCCGACCGACCGUUGCAUCUAACGUUAGGAUUGGGAAUAUAUUUCAUCAAGCCUGCUUGCGCUCUUCCUUUUCUGAUUCAUAGACAUAAUCUUAUCCAGCUACAUCAUUUAUAAAUUGGCACUUUGAAUCAUAGAGACUUGCCAGAGUCAAAAGAGAGUAACAUACUUUUUCCAGCAACAAAAAAAGAAGAAAAUAUUGCAGCUCAACGAAUAUAUCGUAUUUCCAAAUUUGUUAGAAUUGUCAACACUUUUUGCAGACCAAGAUGAAGCUUCUUGAGAAUCCAAAAUUGGAAGCCAUUAGUGAAGCUCUGGCCAUGGAAAUGGGAGAAUGCAGGAUUCUUGGAAAGGUGGAAAGUUACUCCUGUAAGAUGGCUGGUCAGGACAAACGUCUUUUCAAGCUUCUGAGCCAGGAGAAUGGUCACUCUCCUAGUGAGUUACAGGCCCUCUCACCUCCUCAGAGCACACUGACAGUCCAGCACCCAAACAUUGUCAGUCGUAGCAGUGGGGACGAAGCAGGGGGACCCUUGUGCCAUACCUGUAGCAGGAAGAUGAUCUUCUAUCUGAUCUCGACGCUCAAUGCUGCAUUUCACCCCGAUUAUGAUUUCAGUGAUGCAAAGAGUGAUGAGUUCAGUCGAGAGCCAAGCUUGGACUGGACUGUGAAUGCAGUAGAUGGGAAUCUGUUCUCUGCUGGCGGGGAGCUCUACACUACUCAGAUCAGGCCAAAGCUCUGGGCUGCCAUCAAUGACGAAAUCAGUGCCACAGAAUGUGAGAUCUACAGCUACAAUCCAGACCUUUCUUCUGAUCCUUUUGGAGAAGAGGGUGUCCUGUGGUCAUUCAAUUACUUCUUCUACAACAAGAAACUGAAAAGGAUUCUCUUUUUCACUUGCAGGGCUACAAGGAGGGACCUUUGCCAUGAUUCUGGCCUUGGUCAUGACCUGUCCUUGACUGUAGGUGAUGAUGAUGAUCUGUUGAUGGAUUCUGAUGGAGACAGCCAAGAAGAUGUGGAUUACUAUGCAGGAGAACCAGUGUAUUGUGGAAGUAGGAUGGAAGUGUUCUAGAGCACCGGGGUUAGAAGUCUCUUUCCUUGAUGGACUGCAGUGAAGUGUUACCAAGCUUAGACUUCAUUUCUCAUCAUUUACUUCAUCAAUUACUAGUAUUCAUUCCAAUGUGGAUUAAUAACCACACGUCUCUGCUCAAGCUACCACUCUUUUUUAAAGCUAACAAUAGCUUAACCCUAUGUCAGGCUUUAUAUCCAGUCACUAAUAUUAAUUCUAACCACAUAUAUAAUCUGAUGUUCAGUCAUUGGUUUGCAUUUUAUAUUUUCAGAAGGUGAGAAAUGUAAAGUACUUCUGAAACAAAUGCAGUCAUGCAAUAUCAAAGUUUUAUCAACAGUUAUUUUGAUGUAUUUAACCAAUAGAUAAUUUAAUGUAAAGGUGGGAAAAAAAAUAUCACAGCAACACAGAGUGGGGAAAGAGUGUCAAUGUCUUUGAAGAGUUUAUAAAAGUGGUUUUACUUAAUGACAUUUUAUGUUCCUGAGAGAUUGGUCAUUGCAAUUUAUUUUCUUUGAUCUUGAUCAUCUUCAAACAUUUUUUUUUGCAAUCUGCUUUAUGCCUGAAGAUAGACCAUUGAUUUUUUUUUGGUUUUACAGCAUAUGAUUUAUCAAAGAAAAUGAGUGCAAUUUAGCCAUGCCAUAAUUGUCAUGUGGAAUUUCUGUAAUGCUUUGCAAAAGUGGUUACCAUUCUUCUGAAAACAAUGAAAUAAAUGUGGUUGAAUUGCUUUAAAAACUUUGGAAAGAGAGAAAUCAUAUAUCUUCGUAUGGAUGCCUGAUAUGAUAUAAUGGUACCAAUGCUUGAUCAGUAAUUGAUAUCAGUGUCUAAUUUAAUUUGAUGGUAUUCAUUACUAUUUAUACCUAAUUUGAGAUCGUGUUUUUCAUGCCCAUUUUUUUUAUAUGGUAUUGGAACUGGAUUGUUAUGAUAGUCGGUGAUCAAAUUGACACCAAGGGAUCUAUUAGUUUAUUGUCAAUGGACCUAUUGCAGAGUUGCAAAAAGACUUCAAUUUAAAAAAUCAUAUGCUACUUGAUUUUCAACUAAUAAGAAGUGCAUUUAUGAUUUGCAUUUGAUUCGUCUGUUACAAGACACUGUAUUACUUAAUACAUGGAAACAGUAAAAAUACUGACCCCAUAUCAAGUAGAUUAUGAUGCUGAUGAUGAUCUAACAUGACUUAAUCUAGAUAUACCAAGAGACUAUAAAAGAAAGAGCAUCAAACCCAUUUCAAGCAUGACUUCUGUUUCAGGAACAUAAUAGUGUAGCUAAGUUUGAGUUAUCCAAAAUGUGCGACCGAUUCGGCUGUGUUACAGGGAAAUUGUAAAUGAUUAAAUAAUAGAAGAAUAUAGAGAGAUAUAUAUUUAUUCUUUUGAUACUUUGUUCAUGUAUAGAGUUUGGAUGUUUUGUACAUAAUUUCAGGAGUUUUCAACAGUUGUUUUUUAAUACUUUAGAUGUGAAUUGUACAUACUAGUUCUAUGUGUACCUGUGGAUUUCUUAAGCACUUUUGUGAUUUGUUUCGUAUUUUUGUACCAGCAUAUGUGUUGACUAUUCUAUUGCAGAGUUUAGGUGUUUUUUCGCUUCUGAAUUAUCUGUGUAAAGUCAUUAUGUACCUGAUGUGGAUGGUUUGCAUUGUGUCAAACCUUUAUUUUGUUGGAAAAUUGGAAGUUGGUUGUGGUGCUAUAAUGAGCAUUUGUGCUUGGGCUAGUCUCAUACUUUAAGAUCCAUGUUUAUGAAUGAAAAUAUUAUAGUACACAUUUAUUCACCUAAUAUGCAAUUCUUUUGGCUGCUUUUGUUGGCAUGCUGCAUACAUAUUUAAAUGAAAGAAUUCCUAUUAAAAAAAAUUCAAACUAAGAAUUUUUUGUCAGA